CUGGGGACAUCUGCCUCCCGGCCAGCCAUGGCUCUGAUUGAGGGCGUGGGGGACGAAGUGACCGUGCUCUUCGGCCUGCUGUCGGUGCUGCUGGUGUUGGUGCUGGCCUGGUUCUCGACGCACACCGUGGAGCGAGGGGACCCCGUCUUUGCCGCCACCCCGCCUCUGGCCCCAGGGCAGGCAGGAGAAGAGGGCCAGCAGGAGGACAGGCCAAGCGGGCAGGUGGCCGGGGCACGGCAGGUCAAGGAGGGAGAGCCUGCUUCAGAUGGGCCCGGCAGCCCUUCGAGGGAUCUGCGACACAGAACAAGCCUGAACUCCCCAGAGAGACCCACAUCCCCCACAGGAGGCCCUGGCUCUGAGAACUUCCCCGCAGACGACACCAUCAUCUUGCGACUGAAGUUUGUGAACGACACAGAGCGCCUGGCCCGGGUGCGCCCCGAGGACACAAUAGGAGGUCUUAAAAGGGCCCACUUCCCAGGCCAGGAGCAGCUGGUGCGCCUGAUCUACCAGGGACAAUUGCUUCGGGACGAUUCGCAGACCCUGAGCGCCCUGCACCUCACCCACCACAGCGUGGUGCACUGCCACAUCCUGCAGCACCGGUCGCCGUCGGUGCCCAACAGCACUCAUGCCAACGCCAGCAAUGUGGAUGCCGCACACGCCGCCCUCAAUGUGGGCAGCCUGAUGGUGCCGCUGUUUGUGCUGAUGCUGGGUGCCCUCUGGUACUUCCAGAUGCAGUACCGUCACGUUUUCACGGCGACCGCCACCACCUGCCUGGCGGGGCUCACCCUCGUCUUCAGUUUCGUGGCCUUUGCUGUGUACCGAAGAUAGUGCCUGGCCUGGGGGGCGGGGGGAGGACAGAACGCUCCGUCUCCACCCCCGCCCCCAUCUGGGAAAGUGUGCUGGCCGGCUU